AUGGACGCCGAUCGCUUUCGCCAACCUGCGCUGUCGCAGUACCCGUCGCUGAGCCAGCAGCAGUACAAUGGCCUGCCCACGUUGCCACCACUACAGAGUGGCUCGCAAUUCGGCUCGUUGUACGGUCACAACAGCAACCCUCAGACGCCCCAGGCGCCGAACACGCCUGUAACCUCUGCGCCCAAUGCAAACUCGACGAUGCCGCCGCUACAGCAUCCGCCGCUUAGGCCCAUUCAGCCCUCACCUUCUGCCUACCUGCCCAUGACGUCGGCCUACUCGCAGGCGCCCAUGAUGCCCACCGCCGCUGCGCACAACGGCAACCACCAAAUGGGCCCCGGCCAAGCCAUGGGACUGCAACACCCCUCGCUAUACCCACAUCCUCCUGUGCUACCCAACCAAGAACCAGAGCCUCUGCACGUCGUCGGUCAACAGGGUCGUCGCGGCGUUCUGCCCACCCACCCUGGCCGGCCUGCCCCAGCCGCCGGCAAGGCACCCACCACGGCCUCGAAGAAUGCAGAGGGCAAGUACGAGUGCCCUCACUGCAACAAGACCUACCUGCACCUGAAACAUCUGAAGCGCCAUCUACUUCGACACACUGGCGAGCGACCCUAUCAAUGCCAUCUCUGCAAAGAUACUUUCAGCCGAAGCGAUAUUCUGAAGCGUCACUUCCAAAAGUGCUCAAUACGAAGAGGUAACCCGACGGGCGCGAAUCAUCUGCAACAUGCGCAACAACAUCUGCAGAAGAACAGACAGCCAAGCGGUGCCGAGCAAAACUCAUACCUCAACCAUAUUGGCGGUACGUCGAUGCCCUACGCCGAUGCGGGCUAUGCCAUGGGCAUGCCGCAGAUGCCUCCUGUGGGAACCAACGGUUUCGGUGGCGAUUUGCCCUCGAUUGCCAACCAUCAAUCCAUGUCUGCACGUACCUCUCGCUCCAACAGCCUGAUACGCCCAGGCAGUGGAGCCGAGGAUAACCGGCGGAGCAUGUCGGCGCUGGAAUUUGCGAAUAAUCGGAUGAACUUUAAUGACUUCCGCCCGGACGGUGUACCCAAUGGUUAUGCGCAACAACAGAACCAGAACACGUCUGCAGUAAACGACUCGACGAAUCACUACAACAACUACGACCACGGGGCUGCGAACAAUGCCAUGACACAGAAUGGGAUGCCCGUGAAAUCCGAGGGCACGGAUGCCGGAAACUAUGGAGUGUCAACGUUGCCAAACGUUGACGGCAUGUCGAAUGGUCCGGAUGCCUCUCUUUGGCGGAAUGGUACGUUCAACGGCGAAUCUCACCUCAUGAAUACCAGCACGGCAGAUGAUACACCAAAUGAUACUUUGUUCGGGCUCUACUCGCACGCACCCGGCUAUCCUGAUUCGUCCCCCCUGUCUGAUAACUGGUUUCUGAAUCACUAUCAGUCUGACCCCCUACAAGAAUUGGCCCAGGCCCUGUUGGCUUAUUGCUUCCCUAAUGCGCCCUUGCUCGCUGGCCAACGCUCCAGCGAGGCAAAUGCGUACGAAGGGCUCAAGACCAUCGUGACCGGAGAGAAUGUCAAGGACUUCCUACAUGGCUACCGACACUACCACGCGCAUUGGCCUCUUAUUCAUACGGCGACAUUUAAUCCACUUUCGGCCGAUCAUGGUCUUGUGUUGGCCAUGUGCUGCGUUGGCGCCGUCUAUUCUGAUAGACUGGGUGACAAGGAUGUGCGUUGGAUGAUGGAACUUGUGCGCGCUUGCGUUUUGAGGUCCAGCCGCGUCUACAGGCUGGUGCAAGCCCCGAACCAGGUGGUCGACCUCAACCGGCCAACGUCGGCUACUACGGAAGAACUCCAGGCCUUGGCUCUCCUUCAUUCCCAGUUCUCCUGGCACGGCUCGCAGAAACAACGUCAGCAGGCAAGAGAUGAGUUUUGGGCUCUGGCCAAUUUGAGCCGUCGUACUGGCUUGCUGCAACCACUUCCGCUCGAUAAUCCCAACGCAAGCGUGCUUCACCAGCCAGGACCCUUGACUGGCGCCGAAGUCAACUCUUGGAACUGGACAUUGUGGAUUGAGAAUGAGAAGCGUGCGAGACUGAUGUCCUUCAUCUUCCUAAUCGAUGCCUCGUCGACAAUCUUCUUCAACACCCAACCACAAUUUGAUGUCAACGAGGUCCGGGUCCCGUUGCCCGCUGAUGAUGCCGCUUGGGAAGCCAAGACUGCUGAGAAAUGUGCCAAUGCCCUGGGUCUGCGAGGAGAGGCAGCUCAGGCUGACAACGAGAGUGGGACGAAACGAGCGAAGCAGUUGGACAUGUCCGAGGCCUUACGUGUACUGUAUGGAGCUGGCCAAGGACGCCUCCCAAUUCGGGCGACAAACGUCUUUGGCAAGUUUGUCCUCAUACAUGCGAUCCACGUUCAAAUCUACAAUAUCCAGCGACAGAUCUUGCGACGCGUGAAUUCGAGUGGAACAAGCACGCCUCAAUCUCAGGGUGGCAGCCCUUCGACAACCAGCAGUGGCGUCAGUGAACAGGCUCAACAUUUGCUCCGCUCCACCGUCAGUGCUCUGGAAGUCUGGAAGACGUGCUGGGACACGGAUUUGGCGAUUCAGUUCAAGCAAAACCAACCCCGCUGGGGCUUCUGUCGCGAUGGCAUUCACUUUUACUUUUUAGCACAGAUUUUCCUCCGCAAAUCGCGGUCUGAAGAGUGGACAGCUCCUCCAGACCUCCGUUGCAAGCAGGUCUUCAACAUUUUGAAGCAGAUUCGUUCUCACGUCGCCUCCGACUCGGCUCAAAAGGGCAUUGAAUUUGGAUCGGUGACGACAAUCGGCGACGACUAUGGAGUGGCCGACAUCACUCUGAACAUGAAGAGCCUGUUUAAACCUCUGGGCGAACAAUAA